AUGGGAGGAGUUAUUUUUUCGCAAGGAUUCCGCAGCUUGCUGCUGUGCCUCUGUUUCUUGAAUCUCGCUUCAGCAUCAGCAGCAACUGAAGCACCCGCAUCAGCAGCACUAGCAGCAACAACGAGCCCUGAAGCUGCAGACAACCCAAACAGCGUUGUGCAAAUUGAUUUUUCUCGCCAAUUCGAGGCCAUAGAAAUCCCGAAAUGCGCCCGUCAACAGAUAGUGCACGUGACGCUUGCAGACCGCAACGUUGCCUGUUUGCUGCCUCAGCGAUCAUCCUCAGGACUACAGAUGUUGGAUAGAUUGCAGCAGUUUCUGACGAAUUCGCCAGAUGAAGAUCCGGAAAACGCAUUACUUGCAGCCGAUUCUGCUGAACAGGAAACAGAGAAAUGCACUCUACCCACUCGGAUCUCGAAAGAACUUCACGUGGGAAGCCCAGAGCUUCAGAGCUACUUAAGAGCUGCGAGGCUGCGGUGGCUGUUGGACAGAUGCUUCCGUUUUUCUGAUGUUGGCGUUAGAGACUGGCGAUAUGAACUCUGCAUCGGGAGAAAGAUUACCCUUUUCAAAAGCAACGCCUUGUCAGGAAAGACCAUCGGAAAGAGUUUAUUUGAGUUGGGCACAUACGCCUCUUCGAUGGAUCAGCUGUGGGCGGACGGCACGAUGACACAAUGGUACACGGGCGGUACAGACGGACGCCAGACGGAAGUUCGUUUUGUUUGUGGUGAUACGCAUCCUCGAGUAAAGGGCAUUUCAGGGCCGCACGGGGGAAAAUACCGUGUGUGGUUGGAGGCGCCAAUGUUCUGUGAUUAUAGGGAGAAUGCGCCGGACCCGCCUCUGACAGAGUCGCUAAUAAGAAGUCUAGAGGGCUGGUGCUCUACCUUCACGACAGACGGCUGGUGGUCGUACGAGUAUUGCCACCCCGAUAGUUUGGUGGAGUUCCACAAGGAGCCAAACGGGGACAUCACAGGCCCCAAGCACCUUCUGGGCACGCUGCAUGCAUCGGGAGAUGCAGCAGAAAUGAUAUUUAAGCGUCCUAAUCCAGCAAACCCAACUCUGAGGGGUACAGACACUCUGCCGCCCAAGAUGAACGGGUCACCCCGUUUCAAGUUUUUGCCUGUGGAGAUCGUCGAGAGGCCGAAGCAGUUUUCAAAGAAUCCAGUCCCUGCGUCAAACAAGGUCUUGGCACUGCAACUGACAAACGGAACCAUCUGUGAAGGCACUGAUAUUCAACGCAGCACACGAGUCCUUUUUGAGUGUCCAGUGGACUUCCCCAUCCUCGGUACCCACCGUAUUGUCCACAUCGAAGAGACUUCCUUCUGUACCUAUGAGCUUCUUAUUCAAACUCCUCUCGUCUGCCCACACCCCCAGUUGCUGCCCCCGCGUCCACUGGAUGCUCAGCCAGUACUCGGCUACCCCGAAGGAGCCUCGGUUAUACACAACCCCGUUCCUGCUAGCUGGAGAGGUUUAGAGGUUAAACAAGACAAUAAAGAAUAUACGAAGAAAAACAAAACGAACGCCAACCCGCUCGCCAAUGUGCGGCUCGAGGCGGUGCCCCAGGAGAUGGCUGAAAUGUUUAAAGACGGCGCAACUCCGUAUUUCGGUUUAAGCUCGGACGUGCGUAGACGAAUAUCUGUGGUGGAGCCACAAUUCAAGAUUGGCGAUAUCGUCAGGCACCGCUGGUGGCUGUACACUGCAGUGGUUCUUUCCUGGGAUUUCUCCUGCAGAGCACCUGAGGAGUGGCUGAGCCGGGUGUACGCGGUGUAUCCUGAGUCGCUGAAGUCGACUCCUCACUAUCUUGUUCUGCUUCACAGCCCCAAAGAUAGAGCCAACGCCAACGAGUGGCCUUUGUACGCCUACGUACCAGAGGCGGUGCUGGAGUUAACGCCUUCGGAUGUAUCUGAGUUUGUUCACCCGGCAAUUUCAUCUUAUUUUGAGCCCCUUAAAGGAAACCGCCGCCAUUUCGACGUCCUCAGCGACAGCCUCUUAGCGACGCGUUUCCCCGCGGACUUAGGCUUAUAA